AGUUUAGUAACAGUGCUGGAUGCUGUGGAAUCUAUCUGCUGCCUUUCAGGCUAAAUGGGGAGAAAAACCAAUCAUACAGAGUUUUUCUUUUCUGCAUUUCAACCAGAAUGAAGUAUGGUACUUCCUCUGACAAGUGCUCCAACAGAAUGACUGAUAUGGGAUGCCUUCAGAGGCCUUGAAAUACUACAGUAAUCUAUAGAAGAGAUUAUAAUUGAAUUAGGCUAUUCAAUGUUGAUGAAAAGGAAACUUCAAGUUGCCUUUUAGUUGUUUUGAGCAUGCCCCUCACAGAGGACUGUUGAUGAAAUAUUGAAUGAAGACUUGACUAUAAUACUUCAAAUAAAAAUGUCAACAGAGAACACUGCAGAGUUGGUUAAAUACCUUGAAAAAACUCCAAGCCAGCCAUUUCUACCAGCAAUUCCUAAUGUAUCUGGAAGCAGAGUGAAUUCCCUGGAAGACCGGCUAUCUAAUCAGGAGCGUACUACUGCUGUGCUUCUGGAUCAGGCAUUUCGGAUCAAAGAUGGCCUUGUUUCAUACCUUCAGGGAAAUAAGAACUCUCAGCAAGGGGAGGCAGCAGCUCACCAGCUAUUGGAAAAUCACAUCCAGACAAUCACAAGUGUUGUUAAAAAGCUGAGCCACAACAUAGAGGAGUUGGAGAGACAAAUAAAAGUCAGAGAUGAAGUAACAUCAGGAACUAAUUUUGCUGUGCAAAGUCUGGACCAUAAACACCUGCAGGGGGUUGGGGACCUACGUGGAAGAGUAGCCAGAUGCGAUGCUAGCAUUGCCAAACUCUCUGGAGAUAUCAAUAUCAUCAGGCAUGAGUUUUCAAAACUAGAGAAAGAAAUUCAUGCUGUGCAGUCUUCCUUGGACAAUUAUGUGAAUAAUAUUGAGAUGAAGGUAAUGCAUCUUUUAGGCAAGAUAGACACUUCAAACUCAGAGCAAACUUCAAAUUUAAAGACAAUACAGGGUGAUCAACACCAUGAAUUGCAGCUCUUGGACUUCAAGAUAAAUGGUAUUUUAAAUGAUUUUAAAGAUCAGAUACAAAAUCAACGAAAGUGGAUGGAAAGUGAGUUGAGAAGAUCUGAACAAGAAGAAGUCCAUUUCACAAACCAGCUCUUUGCUACAGUCAAGGAGAGAUUGGAAAUACUGGAAAAGAAAUUGGAAGAUGGCUUAUACUAUGUCUCCAAAAGAAUAGAAAACACAGAAAAAACAUUGCAAUUUGAACUCAGCGAGGUGAAAAAUGAUCAAAAUAAACUACAUGCAAAGAUUACCAGAUUUGAAAAGCUGAUGUGGAAUGAAAUAGAAGGAAUGCAAAAUGAAUACAGAUCAGGAUUUCAAUCUAUCCGUGACUCUCUUGACGCACUCAAACAUAUACAGUCAGCAAAACUAAAACUUGAAGAGGAGAAAUUCAAGCAAGAUAUGAAAAAACUACAACGAAAACUUAGUGAACUCAAAGACUAAUACAUUUUGUUUCGCAUUUACUGUACAUUUAUUCCAUCAAGGGAAAAUACUAAAAAGGUUUUAAAAGUUAUUUCUACAAAAUCAGACUUGUUUUCCUGUAACUCUAACAAAAGCACUGUGAUAAUUCUGAACAGACUUAAGUUAAAAUAGAAUCUCAUUAACACUUCAUUUGUUUGAAUAAAUAAAAUGCAAGGGCUUAA